UAUACUAAAGAGGAUGUCAGGAAGGAGAUCUGCUAAGGAGACUGGGAACAGGUUCUCAAUCAAGCAAAAAGUGUUCGAAGAUGUUACUAACUUCUCAAUGAAAUCCAACACGAUGCAGAGGAGGAACAAUUCAAAGAAUCUGAGGGUGUCUGCUUUUAAUAAAUUCAACCAUGAUCUCGUACAAGGGAAGGUUAGCAAUGUGACUUCCGGGUCCCAAGCCCGUAUAAAUUCCGCAGCAUAUAAUACACGUCCAAUGAGACAGAAAGACCUCAUCCAAGAAGGAAUGUCUUCUCUUUCAUCUCAGAGGGGCAAACUUAAAUCAGCAAGCAGGCUUAAUAGGAUCUCCAGGGCUAUCAAGACAAGUAUGAGAGAGAAUAGAGGCAAAAUAAUGGUUAAAGAGAAGUUAUAA